AAUUUCUCACUGCCUAAACCCUCGCGAGUGAAGUCACGCCAUCCCUCUCACUCUCACAGAGUCGCAGGCUAACUCUCUCACUCUCACUGCGGCGAGCUAGAGAAUCAGGCAGGCAGGGUGGUGAAUCGGUGAUAACCUCCGGGAUCUCCGCCGUCUCCGAGUCUAACAACAUGAUUCGAAGAAUAGCCCAAAUCAACCAUCUGAACCCUUCGAUACCUACAUCUCUCGAAACUUUAAGCCACCAAUUUAUACAACGAUGCUUAGUGAGUGGGACAGCAAAGGGCAAGGGAAAAUUGAAGACAGGUCAGACCUUGAAGAGAUCCAAAAUUUCUACCAAAAAGGGCUCAGAAACUAUACAGAAAGAGGCUCCAAAAAGAAGAAGUGAGUUCGAUGAAAUGCUUGAAGAAUGCUUGACCUCAACAUCACCUCGCCGGUUCUUGAAGCCAAAAGAGAUGGAACGUGAAGCAGAGAGAGAGAAGAUGGGCCUAACUUCCAAAGCCCGCGAAGAUGAGAAAAAGAAAUUGAAGAAAAUGGGGAAGGAGUUCGACUCUCCUUGGAUGAUUGGGACUCCAGGUUUGGACCUGAUUUCUUUGGGGUUAGUUGAUGCGGAUAAGAUACCAAAGUACGAGAUGACGGUAGAGGAUGGGCGAAGGCUAGCCAAAGAGUACAGUAAGGUGUUGAUGAGGAAGCAUAGGGCGAGGCAGGCUGCAGAGUCCUCGCUGUUGAGGUUGAAGAAAGAGGCUAUCGAGGCACUGCCGGAUAAUCUAAAAGCUGCAGCUUUGGUUCCUGAUUUAUCCCCAUUCCCAGUAAACCGGUUUAUGGCAACCUUGACACCUCCAAUCGAAGGAUAUAUUGAGAAGGUUCAGGAGGCAGCAAGGAGGAGCUCUGGAAAGGAGAAGCUCCGAUAAACAAGCUUCAAGGUUAGGUGUUUAUGCUGUUUUCUGCAAUAAUCCAUCGUUCAGUUCAUUAAAGACAUAAGCACUGGGAAACAGCAUUACUUUCUGUUAAUCAUCAAGACAACAAAAUUGCAUCUUUUGUAGCUUUUCACUAAUUUUAUUUUGAUAAUUGUGCAACAAAAGAAGUCAGGGUCGACUGGGAAAGUCUUUAUCUGCACAGAUUGCAACCUUCUUUUCUCAAGGUUCCAUAUACUGAUUGCACCAGAUGAACCUCCAGAUGUUAUAAGGGGCUCUCCACAUCAAUGCUUAAUGAUAAUGUGGUGACAGAACUCUUUGUAUAAUCAGAAUCCUGUCGGGUUGGUUGCAGUUGCUGCUAAUUCUAUUACAGGAUUAAGGAGAAAAGACAAAUAACUUUUCAUAGAAUGAGAUUUUGGCUCAUGUGUCAUGUAUAAUUAUUUAA